AUGCCCGUGGCGGGCCAACCCCUAGCAUGCAUUCAGGUUGCUGCUAACAGCAGCUGGCGCCCGUACGGGGAUGGCAUGCUUGCCUUGCCGAUGUCACCUCUGGACUUUUCUCUGACGAACUUCGACGACGAUGUCCCUGGUUAUGAAAUGACCCCUGACGAAGGCUACGCAGCAUGCCAGCUAGGCGAUAGCGGCACUGGCGCAUUUUUAACUUCAUUGCCAGAACAAGACAAUGGUGGUCAAAUCGACGUCUCGCAAUUACAGACGCCGAGCUCUCUGCUCCCAUUUGACAUCACAAUUGAUGGUGUCCACGAGCAGCCUGACAGUUCUAAUGAAAAUGGGAAAGGCGCUGACACGGCCACUACAAUAAGCUCCAGCAUCUUUUCAGCCGAGCUCGUCAACCUUGAGGAGCUUCUAGACCUAGACAAGGACACAUGCAGUCGCACAGAACGGGCAACUACCGUAGCAUCUGAAGAUGACUGCUGCCCUGGCAGUCCCGAAGCCGUAUACUCAGCAACUUCACUUUUUGGUCUAAAAGACUUCCUGGUCCAAAAUGUGCGCAAAUCGAAGGCGUCUCAAGUUGCGAAGUUCAUCAGAGAACUUGAGAGCGUCUUCGGCCCACCCAGUAUGUCACCCCCAGAUAAGUAUUCCGAGCGACCUCGAGCAAGCGUCGAGGAUGACUUCCACGAACAGAAGUGGUGCAAUGCUCUAUUUCAGGAUCCACGUUGCCCGAUCACGAGCUUCCUCACUCGAUCAUACGUGGAUGAAGUCCUAGAAAGGUCGAAGAAAGUUGGAGCAGGCCCUUUGGCAUCAGCAUUUGCCGAAUCAAUAUGGGCCAUGGGAAAAUACGUGUCCGCUUUGAACGAGUCCGGCAGGAAUGCGCUCAAACUGAAGCACGAAGCCUACCAGAGCCUUCUGGUCGCGUUGAACUUCAGAAGAUCCGUACACAGCUGUGCCAGCAGUUUGCUCAAGCUCCAGUCUUUGAUCCUUUUGUCAAUGAUUGCAUGCAUGUUAGACGAGACAAACGCAGGAGAGCUCAUUGCCGCAGCGGUCUUUUGUGCCCGAGGUCUUGGCGUUCUCGAUGGCAGGAGAACGCAUCUGAAGGCUAGUGGUAAUACCGAGCAGCAACUAGUGGAGCGGGCUGUGUUGUUUCUGUUCUCACUGGAAGGCGGCCACUCAGUGGAUCAUGGAAUGCCACCAAUGAUGAGCAAGCAAUGGCUGGCCCAAUGCUACCAGCUCAGGGACAACCCAAAAGUCUCAGCAACAACAGUUUCUCAAGCAGAACUGAUGAGUUCUAUCCUGUGCAGCCAAUACUCUCCCGACGCACUAUCAGGUGAUUUCCUACAAUCGGCGAAAGACCACCUCGUCCGGUUGGAGGCGAGCAUGCAACGAUUGAACGCUUGGUCAGCAAAGAAUCAGAUCUGUUCCAGCUAUGCAGACGCCAGAACCAAGCUUUCCAGCAGCAAAGAUCCAAAUUCUCGACAAUUGGCGAUAAGUGGUUUCUAUUCAUAUCAUUUGUCCAUAUUCUUCAUCCACUGCCCAUGGAUUCCAUUGGUCGCCAGCCAGCAAGCAAACGCUGGCAGUGACGAGGACAUGUUGCAGCUGAGACACUGUUGUAUUGGAGCCUGCAUCCACUCGGCAUUUGCGACAAUAGAGUUGUCUAAUGACCUCCUAAACACUGAUCCCAAACUAGCACGGUAA